AUGCCACGCGUUAGACGACCGUCAUCUACCAGACCUUCAAACCCCCGAUAUGGCAUAUGCGCCGACGACGAAGCGCGAGACACGGCGCGUCACCUCUCAGUCAUGAACAAGAACGCACAGCUAGAACUAGCUGGAUACUCCAAGGACCACGACCUCCCUUACUACGACAAGAUUGAAUUCGACAGCAAUGGAUACCUUGUACUACCACCAGGUGACCAUCGACUGUCCGACGCCCUCGUUUUUCUGAUCGUUGGUCAGAACGUCGCCGCCACGAGAAACCGCCACGGCAAGUGGCCGGCGGACUUCGACAGCGCUGGGGAUAUUUACCCUCGACGAUGGCCAAUGGGUCACCCAGUUAUCGUAUGGGCCCACGGCAUCCCGUUCAUCCCCGUGUUCGCCGACUACUAUGCCCUGGUAGGCUCGCAUUUACGGAAAUACCUGUGGCUUAUUACGACGAAGACGAGCCACGCGAAGCUCAAACACGAAGGAUGGCACCUCGGAGAGAUAACGGUAUCUCCAAAGAAACUUCACCCACCCGUGGAUAUGAGCCGUAUCCUGAACGUCGACUUCGACGCUUACGACUGGUCGAAGUUUACUCCAGUUCCCACGUUCAAAUGUUCGACGAAGCGUCAGGUCCUCGUUCUCCAAGGCGCGACUCUGACGUUGACGCGACCAGCUAAUAUCCGUGGCUUUCACCCUAAUGCUGGACCAAGCCAGAACACCGUCGCCAACCGCCCCAACGACGUCGACGAUGAAACAUGGUCUACACGGAGGGCCAGCCCAUACCGCAGGACCAACGCCAUUUCGCUCAUUGAUAAGCGCGCUACUACACUUGUGGCGAUAACCACUUGGCGUCACCCUCUUGACCCUGACCCUGCUGGGACUCGAUAUCAAGAGGGAUCACCCUCCGUCGAGCUAAUUCAGCCGACUGCAACCACAACCUUCAACGCCGUCAACCCGAUUAGCCCCACUUCGUCUGCUAUCAACCAGAACCUAGGCUCGACAACGGUAUCAGCAGACCCCCAAGGACCAGCGGACACAAACCAUGGUCAGCAUCCUGCUACACAUUUAGUAGUCAACGAUCGCGACUCACCUUCAGAGAGUCUCUCUAUACGUGACAAUGAACCACCACAGCAAAGCCCCUCUAUUGCGUCCCUGACAGAUGGCCGGAAGCGAAAAUAUGAAACCACGAAAGACGAUAUCCGUCGCAUGUUCGGCUCAUUCAGCGCAGACCUAGUUGACGACUGCGACUACAUUGACGCAAUUGCCGACAAACUCACUACGAUCACCGACAUGGAGACGGAACUAGAUACUCCCGAAGCACAACGCAUCCUACGCCUGAAUGAAGAGAUCGUAGAUAACCACCAACAAUACAACGGUAUGAUCUCACAGAUAACACAACGCUUGGCCCUAAGGGACGACUGGCAAAGAUGUAUCCUGGAGAGGGCGUUGGAAAGCGCACAUGGAAAUUACACUAAUACCUAUGGCGCAACGGAAUCAGAUGGGGACGACGUCGGUGACACCUACGGACUCCGUGAAUAUAGUCAGAGAGCACAACUAAACUCUUGA